CGGAGAAGAAGAAGUAGCAGAACAUGAGCUUGUGCUGAGAAUUAGAUUUUAUCCACGGGAGUCAGUUACAGCCUGGUUUAAUCAUGCCGAUGAAAGGAAGAUUCCCCAUACGGAGGACAUUAGAAUACCUGCAGAAAGGAGAGGUAGUCUUUAAAAACACUGUAAAGAUCAUGACUGUGAACUACAACACGCAUGGAGAACUGAGCGAAGGCGCAAGGAAAUUCGUUUUCUUCUCUGUGCCACAAAUCCAGUAUAAAAAUCCCUGGGUGCAGGUAAUGAUGUUCAAAAAUAUGACCCCAUCACCAUUCCUCCGGUUCUACCUCGAUGAUGGCGAGCAGGUAUUGGUAGACGUAGAAGGAAAGGACUAUAAAGAAAUAUCUCAGCAUGUCAAGAAGAUCCUGGGCAAGUCAGAUAAAGUUUUGCAAGCUGAGGCAUUAGCCAAGAAGGAGUCCUCAAAUCCUGCAAACUUUGGGCCCAAAAAAUACUUCCUGCGCGAGUGUAUAAGUGAAGUGGAAGGCCAGGUUCCUCACCCAGGUCGCAUACCCUUGCCAAAAGAGAUGACUGGCAAAUACAGGACCAAAAUGGCUGCUAGCUCUGAGGACUGAAUCUGGUCACAGGAAAAGCAGAGGACAGGAUUGUCAAAUAUUUUCAUCCCUCAGUCAGGUCUUCUACCUAAAUGGACUGCAGUCAGUAUGGGUGUAAAUGCCUUCAUGCUUUCUCAUACUGUGGUGAUAACAAGCAGCCACUGUUUUUUUUUUUUGUAAAAUAAAAAUGGACUAUUGUUUGAUGA